AUGCUACGCAUAGCACACCCGCCUGCUUGUGCCCUCGGUGUUGACCCCCCAACUCCGAAACACAUUGGCCCCACGGCGGCCCUCUGUCCCGUGGCCUCGCACUUGAUGCGUACUGGGUUUAGAUCGCACACUCGAGUCCUUGGCAACUUGAAGCCUACUUGCUUCCUCGGGGGCCGGGCCAAAAUUGCUGUCUCUCUCGCUCGACUAGCUCGCCGGGAUGGAUCAAAAACGAAUGCCAAUCCAUACACUAAUAACGUUCUUCGCUCGGAUUAUGCUUCCGGGCAUAUUCGACCUGCUUCGCUCUAUAUAUUUCUCGCUGCUACACGGAUCCCCCGCAUUCCGGGUGCUAUGAGUCCCCCCCUCCUCGUCCUCCUGGGCUGGUGCGCGCUAUCGCUCGGUCUGUGUCUCACUCUGUUGCGCUGGGCGAGGGGGCGUCUGGGCGGGAAGUACGACGACGACGACGUGGACCGCGUGCCUGGGCCUCUUAUGCGAUCUUCGACGGAGUCCGCGAGCUUUGCCAGCUGGAUUUGGGGGCACGAGCUUCUGGUGUUCGCACACUCGGCCGUCCAGAUGUACGCGAUCUGGGCGCGCGAGUUCGGAGGCCUGUACAAGAUCCGGGCAGCCCUGUUCCAUCGCGACAUCCUCAUUGUGACCGAUCACGCAGCCGUGCAGCACAUCUUCGCGCACAGCGCGCGGUACGUCAAGUCCCCGGCGUUCCGGCCUCCGAUCAGGAAUGUGAUCGGUGAGGGCCUCGUCUGGGCGGAGGGAGACGACUGGCAUCAGCAGCGUAGAGUUCUGGGCCCCGCGUUCUCGGCAGACUCUGUGCGAGAGAUGACCGCGGCCAUCCACGGUUGCGCGGAACGACUCGAGAGUCGGCUGGUCAACCUGGUUCUGGGCGAGGCCUCGACGACGGUGAAUAUUCUGCACUAUAUCAGCGACUGCACACUCGAUAUCAUCGGCACAGUGGCCCUCUCUUACGCGUUCGACUCGCAGACGCUCGACGAGAGUGCCAGUGCUUCCUCCGACGCAGAGCAAAUCCGAUCGUCCUGGGUAAAUCACGUCGACACGGGCAUCACAUUCCCGGCUUUCGUGGCGCAGACAGUGCUCAGAGCCUUGCCCGCCGUCACAAGUCUCCCGCUGCCGUUGAUGCAGACUCAGGGCGUCAUCAAGACGAUCGUGCGGGAGAUCGGCCAGCAGAUUCUGGACCGGGAGUCGUCCGAUUCCUUGGAUGAAAUGCCUAAAGAACGUCCGAAGGAUAUUUUGACUAUCUUGCUUCGCGAACGCAAGAAGUUGGGGAACAGGCUGUCGGAUGAGCAAAUAUUGGACAACGUACGGACGGGCUCCUCUGAUUCCAGGUCUCGAACUCCCGCUGAAUUAUUGUCUUCCAGAUCUCGACUUUCAUGUGAGUCUAAUUCGCGCGCUGAUGCGCGUGGAACGUUCCCCGCUGAUCAGCGGGUUUCUAGCAUGGUCGGUCACGAGACCACGGCGGGAACGCUGUCCUUUAUCCUACUGGAGUUAGCUCGGCAGCCCUUGGUCCAGGAACGAUUGCGGGCUGAGAUAGCCAGCCACGAGCGAGAUCUUCCGUACGAGGAUAUACAAAAAUUGGAGUAUCUUGACGCAGUUGUUAAAGAGGGCCUGCGCUUGCACCCGGCGUCUCCACAAACUGAACGUGUCGCACGUGACGAUGAUUUCAUCCCCCUCUCCACGCCGCUGCCGCACAUCGGCGCAGGUCUGCGCGUCAAAAAAGGCCAGAUUCUGCGCAUCCCGUUCCUCGCGAUGCACACCAACCCGCGCAUCUGGGGCCCGACUGCGGAUCUAUUCGAUCCCUCCCGCUGGCUCGCGCCGCCGAGAGACCCGGCGUUCAACCGGCCGCAUGGUUGGAAUGGGCUGCUGUCGUUCUGCGAUGGGCCGAGGAAUUGUGUUGGGUGGCGAUUGGCUGUAUUGGAGCUGAAGAUAAUUCUCCUCACUCUCGUUCGAUCUAUCGUCUUCGUUGACACGGGGGUCCACGUGGACCGCAAGAUCUCGCCGACUCUGCAGCCCGUGGUGAAUGGCAAGGGCUCCGUAUUGCCGCUCCAUCUCAAGCUGGUUUGAAAAUCCGAAAAUAGCCGAGCGAAACCGUCGCUGUAAAUUUAUCGAUAUAUUGCUAUCUAAUCCGCUUGUACUUCUUGCUUGUAAUUAAUCCAUGUAAGCACUUCAGCAGCCCCACGGAUCAGCUCCAUUAUUGAUAAUUGAUAAUCACCAUCAACGGAGGAAAUCUCGUCCCGACAGAUUCUUGCAGCCCUUUCGCGCGAGAUCCUUCCCUUCACACAGAUAGAAGGAAGGACGAAAAGAUCAAUCCAUUAUGGCAGCGCGCAGGUCCAGAUGCGGCAGGACCCUGUGCGCCGGGCUCGUGGCGCGUGCCUCGCCGCCAC